AUGCGGCAGCGCGCGAGCACCAAGACGCAGCGCCGCCUGAAGCAGCAGCAGCUGAUGCGCGACCCGUACGCGCUCACGGACGACGUGUACUGCGAGCCGCCGACCUUCCGCGUGGGCGGCCUCGUCACGGCGUUUGGCCUGCUGCAGCUCGUGGCGGCCAUGGCGCUGGGCGGCUUCGUGUUCGGUGGCGCGCUGCUCUUCUGCGCCGUGCUGCUGGCGGCGCUGGGGCUCGCGCUGCUGCACCACAGCGACCCCAAGGCCGGCAGCGCGCAGGGGCUGGGGAUGAAGCAGGCGAUCGCGCGCUUGCUGGCGCUCCGCCGCAGCGCGCUGGACUACUCGCUGACGCUGUCCAUCGCGCAGAGCCAAGAGUACGCGCAGAAGAAGGAGCUGCAGAUCGCCGUGGUGCCGGCCAGCCCCACGCCGCAGAAGGUGGUAGCGACCAUGGCGCUGAAGCAGGAGACCGCCAAACUGAACCGACUCGCGGACAGCUCCCCGCUGGCGACGCUCCACCGCGUGGACAUGAAGGCUCUGCAGACAGACAAGUCGUUCUCCGUGGAGGAGGAGGAGACGGGUGACCUGUUCAUGGAGAAGCCGCGCGCCAACUCGGAGCCCAAGCAGGUGCUGCGGACUCGGCCGCUCUUGCCACUGAGGCCGAAGGUGCAGCAACCGGUGCCGGCGAACUCGACGCAGGAUAAGAAGAAAAAGAAGACCCAGUCGACGCAGCAGACAAAGGCGACGCCGGUUGUGCCCAAGCUGUUGGGGAAGGAGGAAACGAAGACGCCGCAAGUGCAGUUGAAAGCGCAGCCCAAGACGAAGAAGCAACGCAAAGCCUCCGACGCGAAGCCGCAGCAGGUUGCAGGCAAGAAGCAAGUGUCGUCGUCAGCGGUGCUGCCUAAGGCAGAGCCGAAGGCUGUUCUCCCGGCGGUGCUACCGAAGAAGGCCAAGUCGUCUCGACCGCUGUCAGUUGAACCGAAGCCCAAGCCGCUGGAAGUCACUUCCCCCGCUACUAUCGUCGUGGAGCCCUUCGUACCGGAAGCUGCUGUGCCUUCUGUGACGCCGAUGCCUGCUUUCCCCGAGCGAAAGUCUCUGGUGGAACUGGCCCGUGGUGAGCCGGCAGAGGAACGGGACCUGGUUGCCACCCGCAAGGUGCUGCUUUACCUGAGCCCGGAAGGCGAAUCGACGAUGGACUUGGAGGACGAGGAGAUGGAGCACGAAGUUGAAAUCGAACAUGACCUGGAGCUCGACCACGAGCUGGAAGACUGCCCUCUCUCGCUGGAAGCGUUCCCACCGCUGUCACCGCCAAUGGAACCCCAGGCACCGGCACCGCUGCUUGCAGAUGAAGCGGAGCCAAACUUCCUCAUGGACAUCGCGCUGGAGCCAAUCUCCAGGCCGGAAAAGAAGCUCAUCUCGUUGAGCUCCCUGCGUCUCAAGCCUGUUGGCAACGCUGACCUGCGCACGAUGCUGGACGAGCUGGACGCGAUGCGUCUGGAGCUUGAUGCCGCUAUGGCUCGCUGCACCUCGCUACUGGAUGGAGAGGAUGAGAGGGCUUCGGCCCCCAGCUCUCCAGAGCUGGAACCUGAAGAGGAACCUAUCUUUUGCUGCUAA